AUGCGACUCCUUUGGGUGAUAGCCGCCGUUGUGUCCGUGACGACCGCUGAUUUACCGUCAUGUGAACGAGCAACCUGUGACCACUGUAAUGUCGAAUUCAUCGCAAGGAUGUGCGAAAGGACAUGCCAAGCUUGCCCGCGCUCUGUUGUUGAUCCGCGCACAGGUAACAGGUUGAAACUCUACACUGAGCAAAGUAGGCAGCCACUCCCGACCGCAAAUGUCAACGUUCCACAGCGGCAAAACGUCGACUUCAGAAAUGUGGUUCGGCAAGCGGGUGUACCCACACAACCACAGCAACCAGUUCCCGCCUACAAUCCAGCACUCGUCCAACUGCCAAGACCGAUGCAACUGGCCACGCCGCAAGCACAAGUAGCCCCAAUCCAAUAUCCUGCUCCCGCCGGUAUAUCAACUCUUGCACCUAUGAUUCCCCCUCCACGACCUACCGAUAUUAGUAGCAGUCUAUCUCGUCAACCAGCUGAUUUGGCUCAACCACUUCCAGAAUAUCAACAAGGCGCACAGGGUGCAUUCCCCUACAGCCAACCGCAGACGACGCAAUUUCAACUGGCCGCACCCGCACAGCAACAAUCCUUCCCCACCGCCGUCAGCAAUGUUCAACAACCCGGGAUGACUGACUUAUUUGGAAGACCGCUGUUUUCUUCGCAACCGCAAUCCAGUCCCAUCUUCAACCCAUUCCAACCGUUUAUGACACAGGCUGCUACAGGAGGAUCACAACAUUCUCUCCUCGAUCCCCUCGGCCUCUUCAACAUGGCAGGAGUAACGAAUUUUCAGGGAACAUCGCCACCUCAGGUAACACAACCUCAUUUCACCCCACAAGCACGCUCAUUCGGACCAGCUCCUUUCACUAGUCAACAACCAGCUCAGAGCGCACCUCAGCCGCAGCAGACGUUGCCAGCACCUUAUUAUAACCAAAAGCCAGCACAGACAAGCCAACAAAACGUGAAUGUACAGCCAGCCCGAAUUUACACAAAUCAACCGCAGCAACAAAACUACCAAGCAUACCAAAAUGCGCAACAGAUCGCCUAUCGUCCAAACACGAAUCCACAACAACAACUUCCACAACAGGCAAACAUAGCAACACCGCGUUACCAAACCAAUCAAGCACCAGUUCUGCAACAAUAUAUGCAGAACCAGAUAAUUGAUUCGCCACAGCGAUCUCAAAGCAUUGAUGCAGCACCCAUAAACGUACCAAAGUAUGUAGAUGGUAAAGGUGCCGUACCAGCACCACCUCCACUAACGUGCCCUCGUCAACCUGGUUGGGGUCCAUGCAUAUCGAAAGAAUUGGCAAAUCAGAGAUUCGCACGAUGCUGUUCAAGACUAGGCGACGGAUGUAUACCUCUUUGCAACUACGACGCACCACUAUCCACUAUGCAAUUGGCAGUGCUAACAGGAAGAUGUCCACUUAAUAAGAUGGCGGACAUUAUGGUCUGCGCAUCAGGCUACGAAGAUGCCACAGCCUGUUGCGAAGCGUACAAUGUCUUUGAGCCUGGAUAUGAACAGUGCCGACCUUACUGCAAUCCCGCAGCAGGACUUCCACAAGGAGGAUUAUUGUCGGAAAAGUACAAGUGCCUAGCAAAGCUGUCAACUAUCCAGCAGUGCUUCUACGUCUCUCAGAAACCCUGA